AUGUUUUGGUCGAUAUCAUUCUUGCUAACGCUCGUGGUUUACUCGUGCGCAAUUAUUCUCACCAAUAUUACGGUCGACGACAAUGAUGCCUCUAUAAGCUACACGGGACGAUGGGACGGAGUAAAUGCGCACCCAUCCUCUCUUAAUUAUGGGGAAUAUCAUACUGUGACCGAAGAUCCUCAAGCAAAAGCCGUCUUCACCUUUACAGGCAUCGCGGUGUACUACAUUAGUUCAUUAUGGCCAUAUCUGGUGGACUCUUAUGUCUCGCUGGAUGGAGCAACUCCCGUCUAUGUCAAUUUGACGGUCCCACCAGGAAUGCCAUACGACGUUGCUGAAAUUGGCAGCGAGGUCAUUAUGUGGAAGGCGAUUUGGGGCGCACAAAACCUGUGCAACACAGUACAUACCCUCACCGUUACUCGAGGAACGACCCAUGGCAUCGUCGACGCUUUCAGAUAUACUACAGUUCGUGAAGAGAAUUCUCCCAAUACAACCUCUGGCUCCUCAUCCUCUGCCACGAAUCAUCCGGGCUCUCCCUCAGCCAGUGCCAAUGAACAACCAACUACGCUGCAAUCUAAAUCCAGUAUAAAUAUAUACGCUAUUGUAUUUUCAACCGUCGGCGCACUCCUGCUGUCUGCCCUCGUCUUCAUCGUUUGGAAAAGAAACAGACACCGCAUUCAAGCAACAGACCGAGCCCUAGACACUACAAACAACAUCGCUUCCAACUCGGUUGUACCCUACACUUACGUGGUGCCCGCCUCGCGCAAAGAGAUACCUCUGCCAGGGAAGACACCCACCACCCGGGCCUACGAGGAUCACAAACACCUAGCAGUCUCCGUACAAGUUCCUUCAAUUCCGCGUAUAUACAUUCUCUUCCACCGCAGAUGA